GCGCUCGACGUUUAAAGCGGCGUAGUUUAACCGCUCCGAAACCAGAGGUACAACAGUCAAUUAGAAGCUUUUCUAGUGCAAUGAGCGCGGCAAGUGCUGUGGAUGGCUUGGAGCGGCAAAUCAAUAGUUAUCUACAGUCUGCGGAAGAAACUGGCACUGCCGAUCUGGGUCAAGUCAUGCUGCAAACUACAAAGGUGCAAAUGCAAAUAGCGGACUUAAGUCAACGUGUAGUUCAAAAAGCCGUUCUAAUGGAAGACGAAUCUCGGCAGUUGUGAAACAGGUAUGAACGGCCAACCUGUAGUUUUAAAAGAGGAAAAAAACUACUGAAUAGUUUAGGUCCUAAUAACCCUUUGUGCUUGAUGAAAUCUAACAAGAAAAGUGAGAACGUAUGCGAAAACGGCACAUCUAUGUGUCGUUUGCAACAGGACCAACAAUCCCCUUUGAGUAGUUGAUACUUUUAUUGUCCGAAGCUCGAUACGUGGAUACCCUUUUGUUCGAUAGCACCAAGCAGUUCACAUGAAAAAAGGGAUUUACACCCGAAUUAUGUCAUUCCUGUUCGUAGCCUUCAAAUGAUUUUGCAAAGAGCAAAUAUUAUGCACGUCUCCUAUGCUGUCUUGACAGAAAACUGUUAUUUUACCCUUCCUUUAUCUCUUUUGCGCACCUAAAAAAAUGUUUUCUACAUUGACCGCUGAAAUAAUCUUGUCUUCUAAAAGUGCUAAGUUUAUGCUUAUCAUUGCAUAUUCGCGAUUAUAGCUCAUCUGUUUUGCCAUUGAUUGCAAGGUAGCUGUUGGAUUAAAGAAACGCGAUGUCCAGCCAGAAGCGGCCGCAGCUAUCGCUCUCUGUCCCUGAAACUCUUCAGGUACUGGACAUGGGAUUAGAUUUUAGAUCGUAUCUCUCCCGUGUCGAUGAGAACGGCGUUCCCAUUCUGGGUAACGUAAUCCCAUACGGAGCAUCAAAGGUCGCUGACAUUUUUGAGCCGACAGUGGGUCUUCUGGUUACCAUUAUUCACCUCUUCUCUCAAAGCAGCGGGGCCAACGCGUCCAUCACGUGGUUAAAAACAUUCGAUACAAUUCAAAAGGUGUUUUUAGAGCAACAAGAGGGCAAUCUGGACACUGACGCUGCGAAGUACGCAAAGGCCGCGCGUGAUUUCAUUGCUGCACAGCUGACGCUAGGCACAGCACCUGAUGUGCGAGCCAUAACUGAGCGACUUCUCGCCUAUCUGGACUACCAAAGCGGCAUCCGGGGUCCACAAGCUCCCUCGCAGCGAAAAAUUCCUCGUGACCCUAAAGGCGCGUUCUGCAACCUUCACCUUGCAGAUCACAAAUGCUACCAGGAGUUCUCGUGCAAUCAGCUUCACCUUCACGAGGCAGGGCCUGUGCGUCACCGUAUCAGUUUUUUCCAACGGCUGGCGGAGAUCAUGAUGGCGGAAGAGAAACCGCAUGCUGAAGUAAUCAAUCGUGUGAAAGAUUCCAUCUUUUUCGCACGCUACGGCAACAAAGUGACGGUGCGCUGCCACAACAAUUGGAUCCCAUUUUUUAAAACGUUGUACACCGACGGGCGUCUCGAGCAAGCGUUUCGUUACCAGCUGUACUCUUGCCAAGACCUUAACUGUGUCAACGAACACUGCAAAGGCAUCCACCCCCAGGACCGUCGUAUCCCUCCAACAACAAAGCCAAUCGACUUACAUAAUACGCAACAGGUCGCCGCCGAGUUACAGGAGGAAGCAGAACACAUCGUCAAUGCAAUUGAAAGUGCGAAGGCUGUUCCGGAGGCGCCUCCACCGAUAUCUUUAGCGUCCCCGUAUUCGGUGUUGUCCCCAACGGCAGAGUUGUGGAGGAAUACUGUUCGCGAUUACGUGCGGCAAUCGGGAAUACCACAAGUCGAGGCUGACGAGUCACUGCUGCGCACGCUUCAGGACACAAAAGUCACAGGAACACCACUCUCCACAUCGGAACGCAUGACUCCGUUAUUAGACGAACUCGAUAAUUACGCUUUCAACAGCAGCCAAUCCUCCAUGAAUAGCGAAGCACGAAUGUAG